AUGCUUCAUUACUCGAGAAUUCUGAGCGCAACACGCAAGUUCCUGGUCAAAGCGGCCCCCCCUACACCGCCUCGUUGGCUCGCUACUCAAACCAUCCCCCAAAACAUGGCUCGCCAACUCACAGACGCUGACCGCGCUCGUGCGCAAGCGUAUCUUGAUGCCAUGGAAGAUGCCGUAGCUGCCAUUCCCGAGUACGACCCCGAGCGCAUCCAAGCAGCCUGUGAAGAAGUCGCUCGCGCGCACCCAAUUGACGAUGCGCUCCGUGAAGCUUACAGUGCCGAGCUGCUGAAGAAGAUGGCUGACCCGGUGUCCGUAUCAUACUUAUCAUCUAACUUCCUCAAGGAUGACGCGCCCUGGGGUUUGGUCGUGUACCGCGGUUCAUACAACAACGAUGAAGCUUGGGAGCGCAUGUUGGUUCAAAUCCGUCGUGAUGUUGAUACGGCCCUGGAGCUGGCGGGACAGCAGGAACUGGCGAAGCGCCACGAUUUGGUUAUUGUGGAUGACCGAUCUAGAUUUGACGGCGCAGGACCCGAUCAGAUUCGACAUCACUUUACUGAUUGGGCCGUCGGCGAGCUUCAACGCAACUGGUCUCCUGGCACGCAAAUUCCCAGCAAAGGCGCCCUUCUCAGCGCCACAGGCAUCAUGGAUUACUUGUACCAAUGUGGCCCACGCUACAAUUUCUGUCUUUUCGUUGACGACACAUGUCUCGAGUCACUCGACCGAAUGGCUAUGCCCGUUGUGAAGCUAAUUAGUAGACGCUGGACCCAGGGUGGAGAGAGGCAGCAAGGGAGUGAUGAUGAUGAAACCCCCGGCUGGGAGGGCGGAGUGACAAACAAUGAGUUUGAGGACGUGGGAUGGGUGUACGUGCACAUGUGCGACUAUGUGGAUGUGCAGAGUCAGCUAGAGGAGAGCGAUGACUGGGUGGAUGUUUAUGUACGUCCGCCCUUGAUGCGGUUUGAGACUGGGUUCAAGCAUUCGCCUGGGUUUUGGCGUCGUGGCGGUUCUUUCUGGGAUGGGUCUGAAAGUGUCGGCUGA